AUGGCCGACGAAAGAGAGCCGUUGCUUUCUUAUCACGAGGUGCAGCGGGAGAGAACGGAACAGCUACUCGCUCAUGAGAUCACAGCGAGCGCGCAGGCUAACGAGGACUACCCCAUCGAUCAUGGAAAAGUAGCGUGGAUGCAGGUUUUGGGUGGAUUUAUUCUGUUUGCGAAUAGCUGGGGUUUGCCAAAUACAUUUGGUGUCUUCCAAACCUAUUACGUUGAUUCUUUACUUCCAGGGCAGGAUGCGGCGCGCAUCGCAUGGAUCGGAUCGAUCCAGCUGUUCUUCACCACUAUCGGUUGCUUGCCUGGAGGUGUACUGCUUGAUCGAGGAUACCUCAAAAGUGUUAUUGCAGUCGGCACGGCGCUAGAAGUGCUUGGACUGAUCCUGACUUCCUUCUUCAAGAGCUACUGGGCCAUCUUCUUCGCCCAAGGAGUGCUUAUGGGCAUUGGAAGCGGGCUGAUGGCAAUAGUCCCCGUCGCUGUGCUAGCCAUGUUCUUCGAGAAGAAACGUAUGCUGGCUACUGGUCUUGCGUCAACUGGUGCCAGUGUGGCUGGUAUCGUCUUUACAAUUUCUUUACGCUCGCUUUUCCUCAGCAUGGGUUUUGGAUGGGCCGUCCGCAUCUUCGCGCUCAUCAUUCUCAUCACGAAUCUUGUCGCUUUUGUUGUGAUGCGAUUGCAACUCCAGUAUGGAUCCAAGGGCUCUAGCUUCGGAUUUCAUCACUUCAAAGAUGUGCCAUACACGGUGUUCGUCAUUGCAUUUACGCUGUUUGUUGCAUCAUCAUUUGUACCAUUCUUCUUCAUCCAGGAGUAUGCCAUCAAAUUGGGUGUGUCCAAGGACAUGGCGUUCAACUUGCUUUCGAUCAUGAACGCUGCCAACAUCUUUGGACGUUUUGUGCCCAACUUCAUUGCUGACCGGUACGGUGGUGUCAACACCCUACUUCCUCUUGCCAUCGCAUGCAUCAUCACCCUCUGCAUGCUUCCUCUCGCCCAUGAAAUCAACGGUCUCAUUGCCAUUAGUAUCGUAUAUGGCUUCCUUUCUGGCGGCGUCAUCAUCAUUCCUGGACCUACCAUUACUGAUCUGUCGCCGAACAAGGCUGAAAUUGGCGUUCGACUUGGUCUUGCGUACCUCGUCGCUGCUUUCGGUGGAUUGUUUGGUAAUCCCGCUACUGGCGCUAUCAAAGGAGAAGGCAACGGUGCAGUAGACAACUUCAAAGGAGUAUGGCUCUGUGCGGCAGCUGUUAUGGGUGCGGGUGUUGCGGCGCUUGUUGUCACUAGGUGGUUGAAGUUAGCCACAAUGGUCCCACUUAAUAUCCUCUCCCUUUUGUACGCGCUUCCACUUACGCACGCUGCUCUUUAUCACCCUACGCCGGCUCUCUCCUUCAUCGAACACGUCCUCGUCGACAACUGGGGAGCAUACGCAUCGAACUUCUCUUCCGCAAUAACCCCUUGCACACGCUAUGUCUCGCAGACUGGGACUAUGGCGCUGACAAGCGGCCGCACGACGUCGGCACAAUGGAUGCGCGUCAUGUUUCAUGACUUCGUCACUGCGAAUGUGAGCGCAGGCACGGGUGGUAUCGAUGCUAGCAUCGGGUUCGAAACGGCAAGAGUGGAGAACAAAGGGAGUGCUUUCAACGACAGUUUUGCAUUUUGGAGGCCAUUCGUUCACGAUGGACUUUCCAUGGCGGAUCUCAUCGCGCUCGCCACCGUCAUGUCUAAUAACUUGUGUGGAGGUGCGCAGAUGCCUUACCGCGCUGGGCGCACCGAUGCGACAGAGGCUGGACGUACUACUGGAGUACCCGCACCAGAGACUGAUCUCGAAGAAACUUUGCUGUUCUUCGAGCGCGCUGGAUUCGACAAGGUAGAUGCUAUCGGUCUUACAGCUUGUGGACACACUAUAGGAUCUGUUCACCAUGGUGGUUUCCCUGAAGUCGUAGAUGAGAGUUUCGUUACACCCGAGAACACGAACGGCGGUAGCAAUUUCGACACUACACGUGGCGUGUUUGAUCCCAAUGUCCUCGGCGAAUACCUAAAUGGAACAGGGAAUAAAGGAGGACCAUUAGUCACCUCAUACAACGACACUAUGAAGUCCGAUCUGCGAUUGUACGAAAGCGACAAGAACGCCACUGUGCAUGCCCUGUUUGCCCAAGGCACGGGUUUUCUGGAUACGUGUGUCGAGCUUAUGAGUCGAGCCAUUAAUACAGUACCUGCUGGUGUCCAGCUGAGUGAGCCAGUUACAGCAAUCCUUAUCAAGCCAAUCAAUGUGACAUACGACUUCAACGAAGACGGAAAAUUAAUGCUCAACGGAAAGAUCAGAAUCCUCACCCCAGCGGGUGUUCCUCCGCCAUCAUCAUUGAAUAUUCGCAUCAACCAACACGAGACAAAGAUUGAGCCGGAAGCCGAGACUGGAAGCUCCGUGUUCGGUCGGAGCAACAGUAUAUACGGAAUCACAUCGUACUUUCCGUUCUCGCUAUCUGGACCUACCAUUCAUGGUGCAACAUCGUUCUUGGUGUACGGACCGGGUAUAUCAGAAUCGCCUUUCCCGAUCACUAGUCAAGCCUUUUUCGUACCCAGUUUGACAGCGCUGGAGGGUUCGUCGAUCAAUGUCACGAUUGCCAUAACCGAUUCGAAGUCUUGCAGUGACCUAGCAGUGCGUCUCGCAGCACCGUUUGUGCAACACGGUACGCUAGCACCGAAAAUUCAUGAGACCAGUAUAGCUGUUGGGAAGGCAACAGCAGUAUUAGACGACUAUACGCUUUGUCAUGGUCUCACCGUCUUGCAAGAUGUUCCAACUGGUCUGGUUGGAGCUGAGGCUUUGAUUCGAGGGGAAGUUCUUGAUAAACUCAUGGUCAAUGGAGGAGUGGCAGGGUGGUAG